AUGUUCCCUCUAGCCUUGGGUGUGGUUGGUUCAGAAAAUUAUGAGGAUUGGUAUUGGUUCUUGGAGAAAUUGAAGGGGAUCCUAGAUGGUCAAGAAGUAAUUAUUAUAUCAGAUAGACAUCAAGGGAUAUUGCGUAGUGUUUCGGAGUUGUUUGGGGUAGAAAAUCACGCCUAUUGUUAUCGACAUGUGAAAGAGAACUUUUCAAGCUUCUUCAACAGGCAAAACAUUAGGGGAAAGAAAGGGAAAGAAGAUGCUUUGUUGCUUUUAGACAACAUUGCAUAUGCUCGGUUGGAUAUAGACUACAAUGAGGCGUUUGAAAAACUUGUGCGUUUUAAUGGCGACCUAGCAAGGUGGGUUGCGGAGAAUAGUCCGGAGCAUUGGGCGAUGUCAAAGUUCCUUAAAAAACGUUGGGAUAAAAUGACAACUAAUAUUGCAGAGUCCUUCAAUGCGUGGUUAAGAGAGGAACGCCACCAAACAAUUUAUACGUUGCUGAUGAUGCACAUGGAUAAGCUUGUAGCCAUGUUGGACACCCAUAUGCGUGGUACAGAUAAGUGGAAGAGCGUGGUUGGACCCAAAACAGAGGAAAACCUAAUGUCAAAUAUCACGAGAUCUGCUCCGAUUACUGUGAUGCCUUAUUUGGGUGGGACGUUCAAGGUUUUUACUGGAGAAGUUUAUUUGGUUGUGGAUAUGCAGCAACAUAAGUGUACAUGUCUAACAUGGCAAAUGUCCGGGUUGCCAUGUCCACAUGUAUGUGCUGUGAUCCGUACAUUGAGACACGAUGUGUAUGACUAUAUCGACCCAUGUUUUAAAGUCUCCACCCAACAGUUGAUUUACUCGGGUCAGUUUCAACCAUUACCAACACACAACAUGCCUAAAGUUUGUGAGGCUGGGACUUUGCAAGAUGGGCAAGGCAACGUAUUUCCUAGUCUCCAACCCCCGCAAGUGAGACGUCCUCCAGGAAGACCCCAACAAAAGCGUAUUGAGUCACAAUUUAGCCAUAAGAGAGCUAUUCAUUGCUCUCGAUGCAAUGGCAUAGGUCACAAUCGGUCUAAAUGUAAUAAUCCAUUGCCGUGA